GAUUAUUUGACAAUAUUUAAAUAUGGAAAUUCAGACUAAACAAUUGCAUACAAGACAAAUUAUUGAUAUUUUUCCUAUAUUAGAAAUAAAUAUUGAUGAUGUAGAUGUUCCUUUGAAAAAUCCAACUGUAUCUUAUUUGGAUAUUUUUUUUCUUAUAUGUUCAAUUCUUAUGCAUAUUUUAGAUGUAGCAAUUGAUAUAAAUCUUGCCAUAAGAUAUUUAUUAGCUGAAAAAGUAAUAUAUUUUACAUGGACAACUGUUUUUAUUUUUUUACCUUCAUUUAUAAAUGUUAUAAUUAGCAGAAGAAUGCAACAACAAGAUAACAAGACAAAUGAAACAUCAGAUUCUACUGAUCUUAAAUGCAUACAUGCAAUGUUAUCAAAAAAAUUAUAUUGCAUUAUACUUAUAGCAUUUCAAUUAGCACCAGUGUUGCGCUAUUAUCGAACUUUAAAAUAUGCUCUUAAUGCUUGUAAAUUCAAUAAACAAAAUAAUCGUAAUGCUCAAAGACGAUAUUACCUCAAAAUGCUUAAAGAAGAUCAAGAUGUUGCAUUAUUAAGAGUAUCUGAAUGUUUUCUUGAAGCUGCUCCUCAACAAAUUUUACAAUUAACUAUAUUAUUAAAUGAUCACAAUAAUAUUAAUUUUGAAUUUAUUCAUCAAAUAGCUAGUAUUACUAGUUCACUCGGAAGUAUGGGAUGGGCAAUGGCUAAUUAUCAUCGUAGUAUUAGAUUGGCUCAACAAGAUAAACUAAAUAUUAAUAUUAUAGGAAUAGUUUUACAAUUUGUAUGGCAUUUCUGUAUAACAGUUUCAAGAAUAUUAUCUCUAAGUGUUCUGGCAAGUAUUUGGCCAAUAUAUACUAUAAUUGGUUGUAUUUUUCAUUGGAUAAGUAUGACUAUUUGGAUUAUUAUUGAUUCCCAUGGUAUAUUGGAAUUUUGUAAAGAUUCUAAUCAUGCUCCACAUUGUUCGCCAAAAAUUAAAGAACGUAUUUAUUCUAUAUUAUUUUCUGUGGUAAUUGGUGUAAUACAUGUGUUCAUAUAUCUAAAUCCAAUAGAUGGUAGUACAUUACUUAAACAUAUAUUCUUUUAUAUAAUUUGCUUUUUUGAAAAUAUAAUAGCAACUAUUAUUUGGAUAUAUGUUUCAUCAAAUGAAGUUAAAAAUUCUUGGUAUUUUAAUAUACUUAUUAUUUUUUGUGUUGUACCAUUUUUAUUAGGUAUAACAGCUAUGAUUAUUUAUUAUGGUGUUUUUCAUCCAUCCUUAAAACAUCAAAAUUGUAUAGAUAAAUGAUUUUUAAUUA